AUGAGCGCCCAAGACAUCGCUGCCUUCUUCCAGACUGAAUUGGAACGUGAAUUGGAUCAUGAGGGAGCGGAGAAAAUCUCUAGAUGCUUGAAGCAGGGCGUGGAAUUGGAUGACUUGUUGGAGUACUUGUUUCGAGUGUUGGAGACCGUCGACCUCCAAGACGACUCGAUACCAGUCUGGUGCGUGGGCCGCGCUUUGCUGCUUCUGGAAGAAGAGAAACGCAUUGCGCUCGAAGUAGGAUCUGCCCGGAAGGAGAAGUUUAGACCCGUCCCCCAGGCCGCGGCCCAAACGGCGCCAGCGGCCCAAACGGCGCCAGCGGCCCAGAGGGCGCCGGUGGUCGAGGGUGCGGUGGAGGGUGCGCUGGAGGAUGAGGAAGAGGUUCCGGCAUCUGUUACGUUAUUGACUAGCAUAUUGGCUCGGUUGAGGGGUCGGUUUGAGGUUGUCGCGGUGGAUAAGCCUCUGUGUUACAACGGGCAGUGUUGGCGAACGAGCGCAAUGUCGUUCGGGGAUCCGGCGAGUGUGUCUGUGCGUUGGCGUAACAGGAUCCAGUAUGUGAUGGACAGCAUGCGAGAGGAGAACGUAUACCAGUUUGCAUACGACGAUGUAACAGAGGGUCAGAAUCUUGUCCUGAUUGGAGAGCAAGCGAUUGGCUACGAGAACAAAAAGAUACGGGUGCUGGGCAUCCUUACAAGCGACGGCAUGGUCGUCUUCCCCGAAAAUGCGGUUCCUGAUAAUGCACUUCCCCAAGAUCCGCUUCCCAAAGAUCCGCUUCCCGAGAAUGAAGAUAUAGAGGAUGCGGGUCUGGUCAGGUAUGCCGGGCGCACCGGAGACUGGAUUUUGGAGUGUAAUGGCCGUCUAAAAUUGUGUCUGAAUCAGGCUUGUUGCGUUGACGACUCUUUCGUUGGCGAGGGACACAUAGUUUUGGUGCAUGGAAUAUUUACCACCGAUACAGGAGACCAUCGUCCUACUAUAUAUGGUAUGAAGGUAGGUCAUCCAUUACAGCAUAUUCACCAAAUUAAAAAAAGAAUAGCGAUACAGUCUCGCGAAGAGCAUGACGUUGCUGAAACUAUGAAGGAGCUUAGAGAAGUUCGGGACUCAUCAUUAACUAAAAGUUUGUGGAUCAUACUGAACAAUUGUAUGUUUGAUCGAUUAGAAAGGCUGGAAUACAUAACCGAAGUUUUCAACUAUUACGAGAAGCACGGGGUUCGUGUCGAUGAUCCUGAAGAAGUCUGGGAUAACCUACAGGACAAGGAUGCAAUCCCGCUGCCAGUUGGAUUUGUUCUAAUGGGAAACUUUUCAUCUUAUACACCCGAGGAGGUAUUUGUUCCUACAACUAAUCUUACCACUCAAAUGGGUUAUGUAGAUAAUCAUGAGUUGUACUUGAAUACGUGGCAAAUGUUUUAUGAUUUGGUAUCAAAACAUCCUAAAAUAUUGGAGAACUGCAAAAUACUCUUGGUGCCAGGUCCAAAUGAUCCUGGAAUCCCACUGCUACCUAGAGGCCCGAUAGUAGAACCGCUGCGAUGCUAUGUCGAUAAAGAAUUGAAUGCUGUAAGAAAAACUUCGGAAAGCGAUAAAAAGGAAAGUGAUAAAAGGGAAAGUGGUAAAGUAAUAUUUACAGCUAAUCCGGUGAUGAUACGAAGUAUGGAUCAUGACUUUAUGAUACUACGUACAAAUAUAUGUCAUUAUAUGAAAGAUCGAACGUAUCUUUGGUACCGUCCGAAAGCUCUAGAGGAUGAUAUUAAUUCCAACGUUGCUUGGGAUGCUUUUAUAAGGACAGUAGUGGGUCAAGGACAUCUUUUACCAUUACCAGAUCCAUAUCCAUCAAAGGUAGCCUACACACAACCUCACUUGGAUAGCCAGUUGUAUCUCACGAAUGCAACGAAAUUUUACAUUUACGGGGACCGAUUUUGCGAAUUCAACGUGACCAAGGUAGAUGAAACGGUGUUUGCAAAUGUACCCAAUGCAGCAGUCUUGGAUAUAACGGGCCUGACAGUCCAGAACGGCUGGAAACUGAAUCAUAUCUGA